GGAUUGCUGAGAAUUGCUGAACCCAACAGAGGUCGCACCAACGUCUUCGAGCGUACAAGGCCGUGUGCUGAGACUUGUGGUACGUCGAAACCCUGCCGUCUGGGCCACACAGGGGCGGUUGGAUCGUCUCAACCCAGGUUUCGGAGGCGGCCGUGCAGAGGCGCGUGAGUGGAUGGGAAAGGAAACAAGCAGCCGCAAGGCAAAGUUGAAUAAUUGCCGUUCGUCUCAAUUUCUUAAAAAUAGAAAAACUCCAGGCAGGCCACACUCGUUGAAGCUACGGCGGCCAAGUUGGUCGACAACGUGGGAUGGGAUGGAAGCGGCCGCUGUCCGGCAACACAUGGUAACUUUGUAUCCGUAUGGAUACUGCAAUCGCAUAAAUACAAUAAGCUUGCCCGCCUUCCACGGGCGCCCCACGCACAACACAUGCCAGGCACGUUGGUGGGUAGUUGGAGUGUGUGCGAUACUGUGCCGGCUAUAACCAGGCCGUGUUUAAAUUACAGCAGCUAUCUUUCUUGGUUGAAGGGUUGGUGGUCCCGAGAUGUCGAGCGUGCCUGAAUCGAGCG